UCCAAGCAUUCUUUUGCUCUCGCUGAUUGUUUCUUUUCCAUUCAAUUGAUCCUGCAUUUUUGUGUCACUUGUCAAUAUCGCGCAUCGAAAUUCUUCAUCUGAAAAAUUCUCCAGUUUUUUUACGAAAUGUCGAUCGUGCUACAGUUUUGCCACGCUCAGCUGGCAAAGUUUCAUGGACUUCUGCUGGGAAACCAUCAAAGGCUCCUGUUUACGUCACUGAUGAUUGGCUUGACCACGGCAGCCGCUCACUGGCAAUCCAUACGCCAUCCAACGCUGAUGGAUCAUUUCCAGGAAAAUUUACGCUCCUUCCCGGUGGAAAUUUCAUUCGGUGCAUUCGCUCUCGGCUUCAUCGGGGCGCUGCUAUCCUACGGACUCUACCGGCACCAUCUGUCUGGCAAAGAACGUCGGGUAAGGGUCGCGAUUCGGCAGCGCUACAUCGACUACAUCGUGCUUUGCCUGAUGGUAAGUGUAGCCAAUGCCGCCCGCCAGCAUCUGCACUGUCCGGACAAGCAAGGGCUCGGGCUGCAGCAGCUCGAAGGAUACCGGCGUGACAUUGAGGUCGCCAUCGGUCGCUUUCGAGCCAGUGCGAGAAAACUGUUCCACGAACCGCCUUCAACACUUGCCAAUUCGAACUCCUUUCUCGAACGCUAUUUCCAACUGGAUGAUGAACGAUUCGGAGAGGAAAUUUUAGCACUGAAACGAGACUCCGGAUCGCUGAUGAACGUGCUGGGCAUCAAAGGAUUGCUAAACCAAUAAGCUCGGAACAGAUAAAGCUUACCAGUUCCGAAGAAAGAAAUCAGCCCGGGCGUUAUCCUUAAUGCUGCACCGGCAUAAAUCCGAAUGUUCCGAAUCAAUUAACAGAUUAUCAAAUAAGCUUGCCGAAUGUUUGAUUUAUUUCUUGCCAGAUUUUCUGUCCUUUCAAACAGUUCUCUAGCUGUGAGUUGGGCCUUUUUUGUUGCUAACUCUCAUGAUUCGGAUAUUGUUUCAUGUGAUCGCUUUCAUCUGAAAUAGAAUCAAAUGGUCAUUUUAGGCAAUGGGAAAAAACACCUACAGGUGUAUCAUAUCAAUUCAAUGUAGCGAUAGUGUCGUUGAAUGACCUGGGAAGGAAAAUUAAAAUGACCACCCGCAUCUAUCUGUAUACGCAGCGUCAAUUGAAAAAUCAAACGUGAGUGAAUCAAAAACAGGAUGUGAAUAAAAUCGAAGUGUUUGCUAAUGGUUCUAACUACCAUAAUACAUUAAACCCAUAGAAAAUCUCUAUAUUCC